AUGUCGCGAAGGAAAGAGAGCCGUCGGGACCUGCUGGUCGCGGUGGAGGGAGUAGCGACCGCGACACACUGUGACUUGCGGAGGAGGUCUCAGAGUUGCAGGGCUGCCGGUUGGUCGCGAAUGGAGGAACUCGCAGGGAAGGACAGCGUCUCGUCGCGGAAGAGAAGAAGAACUUGCCGGAGGAACUUCACGUCGUCGGGAUUGAGGCCUGCUCGCGGUGGUUCUGAUCGCCGGCUGGAGGGACUCGCCGGGAAUGAGGCCCCAUUUGUGUCCGAGGAUGGUUUGAGUGAUACGAUACGAGUGUCCUUAACUGAGACUCCGGAAGAAGAGAUUGAUCCGUGUAGAAGAUUGGCUAACCUUGGAAUGAGAGCAGCCGAGCUCCAGAUGGGAGUGAACAGGCGGUACUUUGAUUUCCAGCGUAGGAGUGGUCAAUUGCCACUUCAAAAGGAGGGUGAGGAAGUUGAUUAUCGAGGUGUACUUCAUCGUGAUAGCUCGGUUUUGAUGUCAGUUUCUCUGGAUGAAUUGAAGGCCCCUGAAUUUCUGUACAAGUCUAGCUGCAAAACUUGUAAGAUUAGCCCUCAAAUGGUUGACAUCAGCAUAGGAAUUAUCACUCCUUUAUCCGAGCCGCUCACUCCCAAUGCCCUUGUUUUAGUGGUGCUUACGAUCUUCUUCCCCAAGCCUCACGAGGAGCUGAAAAUUCUGAAAAGCAGUGAUGUUGUUAUGAUUCUUCACGACGUGCCGUAUACAGAAGAGAAUAUUGGCAGAGUUCAUGCUGCAAGAAGGCUUUUCGGGAAUCUUUCUGAGAACACGCUAGAUUUUCCAGUUAUUCAUCACAUACAAUUUCCUAAGCAAACUCGCAGGACAAAUGCAGGAGCCCUUUUGGUCGAUGGACUUGGAGAUGGUAUCCUAUUGGAUUCCCCAGAUCAAGACUUUGAAAUCCUCCGAAACACGUCUUUCAAUUUGCUGCAAGGCUGCAGAAUGAGAAAUACAAAGACGGAAUACGUGUCGUGCCCUUCGUGUGGAAGAUCUUUGUUCGAUCAUCAAGAGAUUAGUGCUGAAAUUAGAAAAAAGACUUCUCAUUUGCCUGGUGUUUCGAUUGCUAUUAUGGGUUGCAUUGUGAAUGGACUGGGAGAAAUGGUCGAUGCUAAUUUCGGUUAUGUUGUUGGUGCUCCUGGCAAAAUUGACCUGUGUACGAUGGUGCAAAGAGGCAUUGCCAUGGAAUAUGCGACCGAUGCUUUGAUUCAGCAAAUCAAAGAUCACAGCCGUUGGGUCGACCCGCCUGUCGAAGAAUGA